AUGCACUGCAAUUUGAAGAAGAAGAAGAAAAAAGAAGAAGAAGAAAAAAAGAAGAAAAAAGAAGAAGAAGAAAAAAAGAAGAAAAAAGAAGAAGAAGAAAAAAAGAAGAAAAGAAGAAGAAGAAGAAAAAAAGAAGAAAAGAAGAAGAAGAAAAAAAAGAAGAAAAGAAGAAGAAGAAGAAAAAAAAGAAGAAAAGAAGAAGAAGAAGAAAAAAAAGAAGAAGAAGAAGAAGAAGAAAAAAAGAAGAAGAAGAAGAAGAAGAAAAAAAGAAGAAGAAGAAGAAGAAAAAAAGAAGAAGAAGAAGAAGAAGAAGAAAAAAAGAAGAAGAAGAAGAAGAAAAAAAAAGAAGAAGAAGAAGAAGAAAAAAAGAAGAAGAAGAAGAAGAAGAAGAAAAAAAAGAAGAAGAAAAAGAAAAAGAAGAAGGAAAAGAAGAAAAAGAAAAAAAGAAGAAAAAGAAAAAAAGAAGAAAAAGAAAAAAAGAAGAAAAAGAAAAAAGAAGAAAAAGAAAAAAAAGAAAAAGAAAAAAAAGAAAAAGAAGGAAAAAAAAGGGGAGACACCUCCCAACCAGCCAAACAGCUACCAACUCCAGCUGUGAACGCCUAUGCUGCUCUUCCCUUUGCUGUUCCCACGAUUACUAGAGAAUCAACAGAUCACACAAAAAAUACAAUGAAUGAAAGUAUCAACAUGUCCAUUAUUGAGGCUAACUUUGAAUCUUCAGAGAAUACCAUGGACCAAAGUUGUGGCACAUUCAGUACAGACACAGAAAAAUCUACAUCUUUUGAGAUUCUAAACCCCAAUAUUCCACAAGAAUUUCUAGAAUGCUUACCUCAUUGCACCAAACUUCAACCAUCAUUUGUUCGUGUUUACUGGAUGGGAGGCCAAGUUUCAAAGAUCUUGAUGCGCGAGACAAAACAACCAUCAUGGCAUAGAUGUCUAUUGCAGAAUUAG